UACCAAAAAAAGUUUGAGAGCUCUGUUAUUUCUUCCUCUUUCUCUCUAUUCUUUUAUAUAUGACUCAAUUUGAAUCUUUCUCUUCACAAUUAAUAAAUACAUUGGAUAUACUUCAAAAACAACUUGAUGACAUAAGUCUGAAACAAGUCGACUUACAUAACCAGAUCACUAGUGCGCGUUCUGACUCUAUUACAGAAGAAGAAUAUGCCGAUGUUAAAGCCAUGAUGGACACCACAUUAGCUUACAAGUCAAAACUAUUAUCAUUGCGAACAACUAUGGUCAAUAUGUCAUUAAAGUCGAAACAACUUUUGAAACGGUCUGACAAACUAAAAGCAACAAAGAUGGAUUAUUUAUCCAAGGUAGAAGAUAUUCGAAAACGAGAACAGGAACGAGAUCAAUCCAUCGCCGCCAUUGUUUUAGAACCUUCAACAAGUAUACAUACUACCCAACCAAAUACACCCACAAGGUCUUCUUCACCUAUGAUACCAAGCUCCUUACUAGAAAAAAGUGUGGAUGAUGAUAAUAAGAAUAACAAAGCUGAAAAUGAACAACAACAGGUACUAAGUCCUGCACCCGUAACUACAACAACGACAACAGAUAGUAUACUUGGUUUGAAUGAUAACAAGGGAUCACCAGUAAUAUCACCGAUCGGUCGAACAUCAUCAACAUCCUCUUUGUCAACAACAACGGCAACAACACCAGUAGUAGCAUCUGAUUCUUCCUCUAAAGUAAUUGGUUUGGCGAAAACGAAGAAAAAGAAGAAACCCAAAGCGCGUGAAGUGGAAAUUGGUGGUGAUGAUGAUAAUCGUGCUUGGACACCUAAACGAACACUCUCUAGUAGUAUUGGUAAGAAAUCAUAAUUUUUUUUUUUGGAUGUUGUUUAGUUAAGUUAGUUGGUUAUGAUUAUAGUAGCAUAGUAGUCUACUUUUACAUAUAUACGCUUUCGUCCAAUAAAAUAAAUAAAUAAUUUUUCGAUUUGGAUAGAUGUUU